AUGUGUGACUGGCUAAACCUCAUGACCGGAGAGGAGGCUGAAUGGAAUGGAGAAGACCAUGUGACGAUGCCCUGUAACCGAAGACACCCAGGUAUGUGUGAGUUUCUAGGUCUCAUUCCCUGUCAUGUUAUUCGGAGGGCACCAGGAGUCAAGUGUUACACACACUUUGUAAACACUGAGUGUAACCUUGUCCCAUGCCGUCGCUGCCAGCCUUCUCAUCUCUUCUUUGGCCACUUAGGUUAUAGAACUUUAGAGGGGAACUUGCAUAGUAGUUGCCUGUUUGUGUGUACCGGCUGCCUGUGUUAUGUAGUGUCUUGGGUAAUGGCGGACCGUAGGGAAUGGAAACCUCAAUGGCGUGUUUUGACUAAGUGCCCUCUGAUUGAGCCCCUGUCGUCAGGUGUAAUUGACCUCUGGCGUCAGACCUCUUCUACUCCAAGCUUCAGGCAGCACAACAUUUGCAUAAUACAUAAUACAACCUACAUACCUAGCUUCACUGGAACCAAGGAAAAAGCCACGGGGGAGCAUGUGAAAGUACAUUGCCCGCCGCCAUUGAAGCGUUCCAAUAUGAGUGAGACCAAAUGAAGCUAUAGCUUAGUUUUCAAUGGACAAUGGCCUGUUUAUAAGGUGGACAUUUAGCCAUGUAGGCCUAGCCUAUACAAUGUUUGUUUUGGCUCAAACGUACCAGGAAGGAAGUAAAGGACAGAGGAAGAGCUGUGUUCUCAGAACCGUCACCUUUGUUGUGUACACACAUUACCGCUUUCAUUCUUUAUCCAAGGCCAGAUCGUCUUAAGUGAAAUUCCAGGACUGGCUUCUCUUGGUUCGGAGACGAGGGACAAUGGGGAACAGGAAGAGGAGACUGAGCUGUUGACUUUCUGGGGACUCAUUGUAGAGCAGACCUUGAAAAUACUGUUCGGUUACCUGCCUUGUUUGUACAGUAAUAGUACAGCAACUUAGGAACAUUUAUGGACACCAACAGACACACUAAAAUAGCUUCCAUAGAGUCCGCUUUGUCACUUGGCUCUCAUGAUACUGUUGUGAUCAAUGGCGAAGGUCUGUACUCGCACUUGAGAUCUGUGCUCCAAUUUUAACGUCUCCCAUUGACAUUAAUGAGUGAUAUAUGCAAAAGUCCAAGUUUCACAAACUGUAAGUUGAAUUAAGAAAAAUAAGUACAUUCUUGGUAAUAACAAUCCCUUAACUAGCUAGCCUUUAUGACAUUGGUUGCGUCUCAAUUGUAUUUCCUUGACUCAUGUCCUCUCCUCCUUGCCGCCUCCUCAAAACACAUUGGAAGAGAAGGUCCUAGAGGAGGAAUCUGACCUUCUCCUCAAUGUGUUUUGAAAAGGAAGUGAGGAGAGAGGACACGAGGAGACAAGGAAACACAAAUGAGAUUCAUCUAUUGUAGCCGAGUGGAGCCCAAAUCCAUCCAAAUGAUCUCACCCCCAGUGGAGUAGAACUAAGCUCAGUUGGGUUGCACUGCUUUAUAGACCUCUCACUUUCCUAUUUAAAAACGAUAUAUCGCUUGCCAGUCUGAUCCAGAUAACAGGCCAACACAUGAGUUUGUCCUUAGAUAAGCAUUACAAAAGAUUAUUUGAGACUUUUGUCAAGUUGCUGUCUGGGUGUACUCAGUAAGGUGAAGCAGUGUCCACGAGCACAGUCCCAAGGAGUGAGUUGUUGGUAAACACACAGCUGUCACAGAACAUGUGGUUGCAAUAGGUAUGUCCAGGUCUAUUAAGACACUUUAUGUUGGUGUUUCCUUUAUUUUGGUAGUUACCUGUAUGUUCCUGCUGUACUUUUUAGUCUUUAUUUCAACACCUCCCUGUACUUGUUGGUCAUCACAUUAUAUGGCUGUCUUGCUCUUCCACAACCUUGUCGCUGCAGGAGUGCCCAAUGUGUUGUCUCCUUGUCGCUCUCCCCUUGUCUUUCCAUUGGGCCCUUCUAAGCACAUGUCAGCAACUCCUCCCUCUCACGAGUUGAGUUUGUAGUGCCUGCCUGUGUCCUGUUUAGAAGUUUAAAAGCUAUUAAAGUAGGAGGACGGACACGAGUGCUCUUCAUAGACAAAUAUUAAUUAUAGGUCGUUUGAAGGAUCCUUCCGCAAGAAUAAUUCCGUACAGCGUUGCAAUUAGAGGAUACUGUACUUUGUUUCAUAAUUGUAUGAUAGGCUACACGUUUUUAUUUUACAAACAGUAUACUUUAUUUUCUAGCUGCCUAUUUUAUAAUGCCGCGAAGGAGAUAGGUCGACAUACAUACUGUCAAAUCUAUCGGCUUCGUUGGACUAAUCUGUGUUGACCAUGGUCGCAGUGGAGUGAGCCAUUACGAGGAUAUUUGGCGCCGCCGGUCUCAUCAGCUAUCGGUCUGCUGUUCCGUGGUCCAGUCAUGACGCUCGGAAGUGUGUCCACCACUGGGAGCUCGGCAGAGGGCUGCUUCUGCUCCUACUGCGGAGCGAAGAUGAUGCGCUACUUCUCCGACAACGGAGUUGUGUCUCAGAACCAGAUCAACCAACUGUGAGUUGUACAUUUUUGCGACAAACAUUUUUGUGGUUAAAAUUUAAGAAAACAUUUCCCCACUUAAUAAUUUCCCCACAGGAUUAAUUUUCCAUGAAGUGGAAAUGCGAUGUUGAAGUAUGUAUGGCUACAUUUCAGAUGUAUUUACUUUAGCUCAGUUGUCACUUGUCUCAGACGUUGCAACAUUAUUGUGAAGGAAUCUGACACAAUGUGACAGUCCAUCCUGACUGCAUGUAUUUCCCAACAGUGAUGUAACAGGAUGUAAGUAAUCUUGACAGGGCUUCCUCUCCUGGUUGAGAAAUAAUAGCACAGAUGGCACAAUGGGUUAUCCUUAAUUGCAUGGCGCGAGAUCUGAAUCAUCUACCUGGCUGUCUCCAAACUGGUCUGAUGAAUCCUGUCAGUCAGAUAUCCAUAUAAAGCAACAGUGUCUGCUCUAUGAACUAAAGCCAGAGAAUCAGCCUGCCAGUCUCACUUGACCCCCCAUCAGGUGUAUGGCUCUCCUCUGUGUCCUCUAAGCCUCUAAACUGCCUUCUCCAGGUGUAUGGCUCUCCUCCUGUGUCCUCUAAGCCUCUAAACUGACUUAUCCAGGUGUAUGGCUCUCCUCCUGUGUCCUCUAAGCCUCUAAACUGCCUUCUCCAGGUGUAUGGCUCUCCUCCUGUGUCCUCUAAGCCUCUAAACUGACUUAUCCAGGUGUAUGGCUCUCCUCUGUGUCCUCUAAGCCUCUAAACUGACUUAUCCAGGUGUAUGGCUCUCCUCCUGUGUCCUCUAAGCCUCUAAACUGACUUAUCCAGGUGUAUGGCUCUCCUCUGUGUCCUCUAAGCCUCUAAACUGACUUAUCCAGGUGUAUGGCAGUCCCUUAGAUUUUCCGCUUCUUCAAUAUAAACAAAGAAAAUAUUACAUCAAAAUGAGUUAUAGCUUAUUAUAAAUUAUAUUUUGGCUGAUUGUUGUAUUACGUGACCUGAGAAAAUAUUCUAUAGCGUAUCCAUCCAUGUUUUUGAGUUGAAGCUCUUUGUUCUGAAGUUUGCAGCCAUUCUAACUAGGCUAAUUGGCUGAGGUGUUCUUGGCCCUCUGUUUUAUACAGCGUGAGACCAGUCGUCAGGUCCAGGUGGCCGGCCAGAGACUGAUUUGAUAGCUGGCUUGUAGUACAGGUGUGAACAUAAUACAGGAAUGAUUAGAACUCACCCAUUUAAAGGGAGUGCUUUGAAUACUGAGAAAUAACCUACCUGAUGAAGGGUAGUUAGUGGGUUGUAUUUGUCUGUGUUUUGAUUGUUGGGUAGGAAGGCACUCAAGUAAGGGCACCUGUAUUUCCAGGUGUAAGUUUAGUCAAGUUGUUAGUGUUAAUAUGUUGGAACUAACCUUGCUCCAGAGUUUUAGUCUAGGUCUACUGCGUGUUUCAGGGCUGUAGCAGUCCAUCGGACUUGAUCAGUGUUUUGGAUGAACCAAUGCGAUAUGCUUGAAUCAAAAAGCCCAUAUCCUCGUUGCAAAUACUCUACCAUCAAAGCUGCAAUGAAAACUUGUGUUAUUUUUGAUCACAUAAUCACAUUCCCCUGUGACAAGAACUGGCUGUCCAGACCAUGUUGGAUGUUGCGCAACCCUGAUGUUGCUCCCGACUGAUUUUUGCGUUGAUUUACCAUUUUGCUCUGACGCGUGCUAAAUGAAGACAUGCAAAUGUGUUGUCUGCUGUCCAUGUACUCACUUUGCACUGGUUUCUAUGACUACAUGCGUAGUAGUACUACUUAUUUGCUUAUGGGGAGAUUAGAUAUCAUUGCUGAUAGUGCGGGCCCUAUGUGUAACAUGGGUACUCCAGGAGUGGGUAUCUUGUAUUUCCUCACUCACAAGUUCACUGUGUGUGUGUGUGACAAGGGCUGUUAUCCUUAUUAUAUGGCCUAGACUAGUUAGUCAUUUGAAUAGCCUAGACUUUGUCUUCAUUUGAAACUCACCUACACGCACACACUCUCUCUCUCUCUCUCUCUCGCUGACGCGCACAGGCACUUGUAUGCCAUAAACAGCACCAGAUGUAAGAAAGCCAACUUCCUUGUUUUGGAGGAAAAAUUUGGCCAGGUUUUAGUAUGUUUUCUCUUAACCUUUUCAGGGUGGGGAAGCAACCACCUAUAGGCUAUAUGAUGGCGUCAUGGCCUCCUUUUGUUGACAUCUCUGUCAAACCAACCGAUCCAGAAAAUCUAUGGGUUUUGACAGUAUUUUCAUUUACAAACCGAUUUUGUUGUUAGUGUGUAACCAUUCUAUAAAUAGACAGAAGAAUGCCUGUAUGUCAGAAAAACUUUAAUGUUUAACCAUGGGCUGGGCUAAUUGCAGGUUUACGGUGUUUGGCUACCAGCUGGAAACCUGAAAUCUAAAGAGGCGUUGUCCCACUAAUAAUUUAGAACACUACCCCCCUUCAAUGUACACCAAACACACGUGUGCUGCAUUACUGUGAUUCUGGGGGAAAUCAUUUGAAUCUGACUCGCAUUAAGGGUGUGUGUAAAGAUUGGCAGCCGUACAAGGAAGUCAGAUUUAGGUUGUGUGUGUGUAUGUGAUGUGAUUGUCUGUCAUUAGUAAUAUCCAUAAAAUCGGAAAAACACUAAACAGAACGGGAGACAUUGAUGUUGGUAAGAGAUGUUACAUGUCUGGUUCAUCAGCAGUCUAGUGAGACGUUACCAUGACGGUGCUAAUAAUAGUGAAUGAGGAUGUGACAAAUGUAAAAAUUUUCAAUCCUUUAAACAAUAAGAAAAAUCAUAAGUGACGUGAAUUCACAAUUCAGAUAUGAUCCUGCGUAUGACCACUAGGGGGCAAUGCAGUUCAAUCUACCGCAGUCCUGGCUACUUACCAAACGGCGCGCACCUUACUGCUGUCCCCCACCCACUCAGAAACGAUGGUAGCUAAUGCCGUUUUAGGUUCUCUGCUGUGUGCCUCUCCUCCAUGUUCACAGUUGCCAGUACAUGGGACUUCAUGUCCUACUUCUCAUUAAUGUGAUGGCUCGUUGCAGUGAUGUAUGACAGCAAUCCUACAAUCUGUUGUUAACGCCACAUAUGGUGUUUGAAAGCUCGCGCUUUAUACUUGCAUAACAAUCAUUGUACAAUUUCUCCAUCCAGGCCGUUUUUCGACAUGGCAUCUUGUAGUCUUUGUUCUAGAUAUGCUAUCAGGGCAGUGAAGACGACAUCCUCUACCAUUGACAAUGGCUGCAUAUCAACUGCAAUAAUUUCUGGGAUUUUUCUCACUGCUGCCAGAAACGAGUUGGGUCUCACGGUGACUCCCUUUCAGAUGGUUAAGCAUUGCACCUGUACUGCCACUGUAGCUCAAUUCCGCCUUGCAAAGUUUGCAUUUAUUUCAUCACCUUUUCAUUUAACUUUAUCAAAGUAUUGCCAUACAGAACUUCGCUGCUGUCACUUCCCUGUCUCACUCUCUGCCAUUUUUCCAACUGCUAACGACGAUGACGUGCGGAGCGCUUUAUAACCAUGGCAAAUCAUUUGAAAGAUGCAUAUCUCGUCCUAGGAACGUUACAUCAUUGUUGCAUUAGGUAUUUGUUGAAUUUUUCCCUUUUUAUGAUGAUGAUCGCGACCUGUUAGUGGUAAUUUUGUGAUAAAUGCACAGUUUUUCGGUUUGGGAUUUUUUGUAAAUGGUAACGAUCCCAAUGUUUUAAAUGUUCACACCCCUAGUAGGGAAUAGGGUGCCAUUUGGGACGCACACUUAGUUUUGAUUUGAUCGCAGGCUGCUUUCUAACAUCUCAGCGUUGAUGGAACUCCACCUUAAUUCCGACGGAUUAGAGUUUGAUGUAGGCGGUGGUAGAUGGGGAAUUUCCCCCUCUCCUCUCAGAAUAGUCCUGAGGCCUUUAACUGAAUGCCUCUGACCCUGUGAUGCAGCCCUAUGAGGAAGUUAGGUCUGUUUUACCAGAAUUAGUCCCGAGCCUGACUGCACUUACUAGGAAACUGGGACUCGACUCCAACUCCAAUCCAGCUCUAGAAACACUAACAGGUUCAGUCAGUUUAUCUUUAAUAAUAAUAAUAAUAAUAAUAAUAAUAUGCCAUUUAGCAGACGCUUUUAUCCAAAGCGACUUACAGUCAUGCGUGCAUACAUUUUUUUGUGUAUGGGUGGUCCCGGGGAUCGAACCCACUACCUUGGCGUUACAAGCGCCGUGCUCUACCAGCUGAGCUACAGAGGACCACACUUUAGCCUUACCCUUUGUCUCUUUCCCUCUCUGUCUGCUUCUGGGUCUCUGUCUCUCUCUUGCUCUGUCUCUCUCUUGCUCUGUCUCUCUCUUGCUCUGUCUCUCUCUUGCUCUGUCUCUCUCUCUCUCUCUCUCUCUCUCCUCUCUCUCUCUCCUCUCUCUCUCUCUCUCUCUCUCUCUCUCUCUCUCUCUCUCUCUCUCUCUCUCUCUCUCUCUCUCUCUCUCUCCUCUGUCUCUCUCUCUCUUGCUCUGCUCAGUCUCUCUCUCUCUCCUCUCUCUCUCCUCUGUCUCUCUCUCUCUCGCAUAAUUAUCUCCCCUCGUCCGUUAGGCUACUCUUGCUCUGUAUUUAAACAUAGCUCGCUAAUUCAAAUCUCUGUGUGAAUGCGUGCACCGGUCUCAUUGCCUAAUCUGUACCUCAGGAAGUGCUAGAAUGCAGCCCUCUCUUUCCCACCCUAUCUUUCUGGCCUGAACUCAGAGCCUUCAGCAGCGCCUGCCACGGCAGCCAGGCCUCUACAGCCUUGGCCUAUAUUUACCUCUCUCCUAGUUAGUGGGACUAAUAUGGGCAGGAACAGGGAGGGGAGGGGGGGGGGGGGAUCUCAGUCCCACACACACGUCUUUCUGGGAGGAGGAGAGUGGGGCGCUAGGCUGUCAGAGAAGGGCCCCUUACAUAGUGAUGAUUGUGUCUGCACCCUAACCAGUACUGCCCUGUGCUGCAUGCCAAAAGAUGCCCACCUCUCCGCCUGUGGGAAGAGGUGCCCUUACAUGUCUGUACAGUAAAAUGUCAGCCAGGGCAAAAUUCUGGAAUUUCGCCUCGGCCUCGAUGCCCUCUCCUGCUGCCCAUAGACAUGAAUCAUGGCCAAAGUGGCUCUAGUCUAGAGUGGCUGUCUUUCUACCAUCAUACAGCCACACUUGUUAUUUCCACUGUUAGGGGCUGCACUUAUAGGGCUCUGUUCAAAAGUAGUGCACUAUGUAGGGAAUAGGGUGUCAUUUGGACGGACACAUAGUGGUGAUUCAGAACACUCUAGCAUAGUCAGAAUAGUUCUGAAAUAUUUACCACGGACCGUGUAUGAGUUUCAGACUAUAUUGGGGAAAUGAUCAGCAGCCUUAUCAGUUGUUGAGGUGUGGAUAAUAUUUCACAUUAGAACCAGUUACGCAGAGUGUUCUAGCUAGCUUGUGGACAACAAUACCCCCUUUUGUCUACUGAUCCGACUGUUGGGGUUAUCUUACACAGUAAAGAUACACCUGAAGGAGAGCCAUUUCAUGUGCUUCAUUUGAAUGUGAAUUACAGUGGCUGAUCAAGGCCGUCUAGUCUAUAGUUAUUUGUAGUCAUUUAUAAAAGUACAAUAUAUUUGUAGCAACAGUAAAGAGCCACUUGACAGUGAUGUAUGUCUGGCUACCUAGUUUUGGAUUCCUACGCUGGCGGGAGGUGCAAAGCAAAGCUCUUCGCUAAGGGGUCAGUGUUGUAUUACACUUGACAUUGUGUGCUGCAGCUGCCUGCUGGAGCUCUGCACUGUCUGCUGCCUGCGGUGUUGUCUGAUUCUGAUAGCUACUCUUUGUUUUCAAGUGUCUCGUAGUGGAAAACACUAAGUGAAUCCUUUCUCUCUCCCUCACACACACACACACACACACACACACUGUACACACCAUGUGAGGUGCUGCUCACCUCCUCCUUCCUGCCCAUGUGCUACACCCCAUGCUUCAGACAUGAUUAGAUACAGCUGUACAGGAGGGUAGAGAAGUUAGGAUUGAAACACAGAGCGAGAGAGAGCGGUAUGAAGAAAAGGCAAGGGAGAGGUAUGAAGAAGGCGAGAGAGAGCUGGUGAAGUAGGAGGAAACAGCUGGGUCAGGGGUGAGUGGGUCAGGAUGGGAAAUGAGCUCAACCCGGCCGAGUGUUUUCGCUCGCUCGCUCUGUUUGUUUUCUUUCUGCUUCUGGUCCAGGCGUGUCCCUCACUCCUCAGAUUGCACAGCCUCUCUCAAGCACGUCACCCCCAUGCUUCUGCUAUUCGGCUCAUCGUUGCACAGUUCCCCAUCCUGUGUCUGUUUGUGAGGAAGGACAGGAGGACAAAGACAGACAGGCAGUACAGACUCUGUGCCUCCCAGUAAAUCCACGGUGAUUGGGGUUGUGUGGUGGAAAUGAGGCUGACUGUGUGGAUGUGGAGCAGUACUUAGGGCAGGGUUGUUACAGAAGGUUUAGCCUAGUAGCAGCUCUUCAUCAAGACACACUUCACAUGAGGGCCAAUGAGGCACAUUGUGUGUUUUGGUAGCCUAGGCCUAUAUCCUAGGUCAGUGUGCCACCGUGUGAGAUUCUGUAGAGAACAUGUUCUGUGCUGUGGAGAUAUAGGCUACACACUCGUGUGUACACACACACACACACACACACCAUCUCCAUCAGCUAGUAACUCCUGUAGAUCGCGUGACCUCACCACUUGUUCUAGUGUGAUGAUGGUGUGCUGUGUACUAUAGUUAAUGUGAUUAUAUGGAACCACAGAGAGGGGAGUGAUCCCCUACAUGAACUCCCACAGCGGGAGCUCUGCUCUGUCUGAGCCAGCUGUGCAGGGGAGGAGUGUGGGGGGCUCUAACCGACCCUCUGCUCUACCCCUAGCCUCCAGAGGGGAACAUUGUGUUCUGUGUUGGAGUGCACGUGGCUCUGUCUGUGUUUAUUACAUAUAGCUACACUGACUGAGUAGUAGCUGCUGCCUGGACCACAUGCUGUUGUUGUCCUUCAGACUGACUUAUGAAGAUAGAGGUGUGUGUGUGUGUGUGUGUGUGUGUGUGUGUUGUGGGGUGUGUGAACCCCUAGCCCGGAACGUUCUGUUAGCGUCUCUCUGGCCCCUCUGUGACCCUGUGUUUUCUCUCUCCAAUCAGCAUCAGCGAGAGCUUCCUGACGGUGAAGGGCGCCGCCGUCUUCCUGCCUCGGGGAAAUGGCUCCUCCCCUUCCUCGGCACCCGGCAUCAGCCAGCGGUGGAACAAACACACAGGUAUGCCCUCCCACUGACUGACAAUGAACCAACCAACAAACUGACAACCAUAGGACAGGGGUGAGUUCAGUAAGCAAAUGUUGCAAAUAGAAAUGCCACAAAUGGAGCCAACAUGAUAGCUUACUUUACAUGUCAGUGAGGCCUGUCUGUUCAGCUCUUUAUAACAUAGAAAUGUUCCACAAUGUUGUCCUGCUGAACGUGCCCCAAUACUCAACACAGACUCAUGGGAAACUGACACUGCCCCAACAUGAGGCCAAACCACAGUGCUGCUUAUCAUUGGAAUGCAGCAGGCAUUUUAAAGUGUUGAGGGAACCGACACUUGCACUGUUGUAUAAGUCACCAGAGCAGAGCUGUCCAGUUCAGUUGAUCCCAUAGCUGUUACAAUAUGACACAGGUGGUCCACUGACUGCAUGUUGUCUUGCCAUAGAGUUGCUAUUUAGGCGUGUGUUUUUCCAUACCAGUGUCCUCGUGCUCAAGGGCAGAGAUAAUUGUUGUAAGUGUGUGUGCCUGUACUUGUGGGAAGGCUACUCUCUGCUCUGCUGGGUUUGCUAAGAGUUUUUCCCAGCUCUGUUAGUGGGAUGUACCAGCCUAGAUGUCUUUAUUUUACUUUUUCAGUGACAAAUAGUAAUUGUGGGAAAACGUUCUCAAGUGAAGGACACUUUCUGUUACUUCGGCUGCGUUUGAUAAAAAAAAAAAAAAAUAUAUAUAUAUAUAUAUAUAUAUAUAUAUAUAUAUAUUUUUUACCCCUUUUUCUCCCCAAUUUCGUGAUAUCCAAUUGGUAGUUACAGUCUUGUCCCAUCGCUGCAACUCCCCUACGGACUCGGGAGAGGCGAUGGUCGAGAGCCACGCGUCCUCCGAAACACGACCCUGCCAAGCCGCACUUGACACACGGCUCGCUUAACUGGGAAGCCAGCCGCACCAAUGUGUUGGAGGAAACACUGUCCAGCUGGCGACCGAAGUCAACUUGCAGGCGCCCGGCCCGCCACAAGGAGUCGCUAGAGCGCGAUGGGACAAGGACAUCCCGGCCGGUCAAACUGUCUCCUAACCCGGACGACGCUGGGCUAAUUAUGGGCGCUUCAUGGGUCUCCCGGUCACGGCCGGCUGUGGCACAGCCUGGGAUCGAACCCGGGUCUGUAGUGACGCCUCAAGCACUGCGAUACAGUGCCUUAGACCGCUACGCCACUCGGGAGACCCUGCAUUUGAAUGUAAAUGUUUAUCCGAGCUGUAUUUGGAUUUUCUAGAGGUGUUUAAUCAGACACACUGUGUUUUGUAUGCCCGCAUAAUGUGGACUAACUUCACCCAAAGGAGUAAUGAGUAAGAGCAGAUGGCAUCUCUCUCUCCUUCCUCAGGUGACCUCCAGCAGCACCUGCAGACCAUGUUCACUGUGCUGCGGCCAGAAGACAACAUCCGCCUGGUACGUCAUCUCACACACUCGCAUCGCACUCCCAUACAUCAAGUUCAAAUGUCAAAUUCAUUAUGUUUCAUUCACGUAGCAGACAAAUGAGUCUAGACCUAUUCUGAUGAAUACUUCCAAAUGCAGAGAUUGACCAGUGGUUAUUAUUCUCCAUCCCUCUUUUCUCUCCCUCCCCCUCCCUCUCGUCUUCCCUAAGGCUGUGCGCCUGGAGAGCGCGUUCGCUCAGCCUCACUGCACGCGCUACAUGGUGGUGGUGUCCACCAAUGGGAGACAGGACACAGAGGAGAGUGUGGUGCUGGGCAUGGACUUUGGCUCCUCGGACAGGUUAGUACCACUGCAUGCAGUGUGUGUGUGUGUGUGUGUGUGUGUGUGUGUGUAGCAUCUUUAACAGCUGUCUAUUCUUCUUCUACAGCUCAUGCACAGUGGGGCUAGUUCUACCCCUGUGGAGCGACACACUGAUCCACUUGGAUGGAGAUGGGUAAGUAGAGCGAUACUACACCAGUUUCUUCCUUCCUGCAUUUACUGUAGUUCUUCUGCCCAGUGGGACUGUCACAUAACCUGUCUGUUUGCCUCUGUAGGGGCUUCAGUGUGUCCACGGUCAACAGGGUCCAUGUCUUCAAACCAGUCUCUGUCCAGGCCAUGUGGUGAGCACUCCUCCUUUCUCUCCUGUGUUCUCAUCCCCCUCUGACUUUGACCCCCCCCCGCUGUCUUCCUCAGACUUGUCCCCUGUUUUACCUGUUUAUCCUGUUAUCAAUCUUUCUCCCCUCUCCCCCUGUGUCCCCCAGGUCCGCCCUGCAGUCGCUCCACAAGGCGUGCGAGGUGGCCCGCUGUCACAACUACUACCCUGGCAGCCUGUUCCUGACCUGGGUCAGCUACUACCAGAGCCAGGUCUCCUCUGACCAGGUCUGCAUUAACGAGUGGAACGUCAUGCAGGACGUCCAGUCCCACCGGGCCGACUCGCCCGUCCUCUUCACCGACGUGUGAGUGUACCAGUCAGUCAAACGCGCGCGCACACACACACACACUUCCAUAUUAACCAACUGUGGUGAGGUCUUGUGAGGGGCAGGUCCCCUGGACUCACACCAACUUCUCUUCCAAAGAAAACAACAUUGCCCAAUUCCCCACCCAGAAGCGAUCACGUGUGCCUGCUCGUUUAGGGGGGGGCUAUCUGUAACGGCAGAACUCAGCUUGCGUGCCAGCAGCGUCUAAAAUAGCCCCCUCUCCGUGUCCGCUUUAUUUAUGCAUGGAAAAAGUUUCUAGACAGAUAGGUAGACAAGCGGACGGAAGCAGGUGGCCGAGUAUUUAAAGUAAAGGAAUGGACUGAGUGACACCGAGGCAGGGGAAAGAGGUCAAAACCAAACUGGUUUAAAUGUAUUUUACUUGAGAGAUGAGAAGAGUAAGCCUCUCCCUAAGCCUCCGCAUUGACAUCAAAUGUCCCAGCUAGCCUUAAGCCUAGCCAUGCAUGCACAGUGGAAAGACGUGCACACGCACGCACACACACACACACACACACACACCCUGGUUAAGCUUGAGUACUUUGCACACACACACUUAAGGCAGACAAUGCAAGUGUUAGUCAAUCCUGUUGGGGUCACUGCCAAAGCCAAGAUACCUGUUGAUGACUGACAGACAUCAUAUUUUCCUUUGUUCUUUGCACAUUCAUUUUAUUCAGUAUUGAGGGCUUGCUCUGACGUGGAGAAUUUGACCCACAUUUGUCCCUGCAAAUAAACUCAGCAAAAAAAGAAACGUCCCUUUUUCAGGACCCUGUCUUUCAAAGAUAAUUUGUAAAAAUCCAAAUAACUUCACAGAUCUUCAUUGUGAAGGGUUUAAACACUGUUUCCCAUGCUUGUUCAAUGAACCGUAAACAAUGAAUGAACAUGCACCUGUGGAACGGUCGUUAAGACACUAACAGCUUACAGACGGUAGGCAAUUAAGGUCACAGUUAUGAAAACUUAGGACACUAAAGAGGUCUUUCUACUGACCAAAAAAAUACCAAAAGAAAGAUGCCCAGGGUCCCUGUUCAUCUGGGUGAAUGUGCUUUAGGCAUGCUGCAAGGAGGCAUGAGGACAGCAGAUGUGGCCGGGGCAAUAAAUUGCAAUGUCCGUACUGUGAGACGCCCAAGACAGCGCUACAGGGAGACAGGACGGACAGCUGAUCGUCCUCACAGUGGCAGACCGUGUAACAACACCUGCACAGGAUCGGUACAUCCGAACAUCACACCUGCGGGACAGGUACAGGAUGGCAACAACAACUGCCCAAGUUACACCAGGAAUGCACAAUCUCUCCAUCAGUGCUCAGACUGUCCGCAAUAGGCUGAGAGAGGCUGGACUGAGGGCUUGUAGGCCUGUUGUAAGGCAGGUCCUCAACAGACAUCACCGACAACAACGUCGCCUAUGGGCACAAACCCACCAUCGCUGGACCAGACAGGACUGGCAAAAAGUGCUCUUCACUGACGAGUCGCAGUUUUGUCUCACCAGGGGUGAUGGUCGAAUUUGCGUUUAUCGUCGAAGGAAUGAGCGUUACACCGAGGCCUGUACUCUGGAGCGGGAUCGAUUUGGUAGAGGGUCCGUCAUGGUCUGGGCGGUGUGUCACAGCAUCAUCGGACUGAGCUUGUUGUCAUUGCAGGCAAUCUCAAACCUGUGCGUUACAGGGCAGACAUCCUCCUCCCUCAUGUGGUACCCUUCCUGCAGGCUCAUCCUGACAUGACCCUCCAGCAUGACAAUGUCACCAGCCAUACUGCUCGUUCUGUGCGUGAUUUCCUUCAAGACAGGAAUGUCAGUGUUCUGCCAUGGCCAGCGAAGAGCCCGGAUCUCAAUCCCAUUGAGCACGUCUGGGACCUGUUGGAUAGGAGGGUGAGGGCUAGGGCCAUUCCCCCCAGAAAUGUCCUGGAACUUGCAGGUGCCUUGGUGGGAGACUGGGGUAACAUCUCACAGCAGGAACUGGCGAAGCUGGUGCAGUCCAUGAGGAGGAGAUGCACUGCAGUACUUUAUGCAGCUGGUGGCCACAGCAGAUACUGUCUGUUACUUUAGAUUUUGACCCCCCCCCCCCCCCCUUUGUUCAGGAACACAUUAUUCAAUUUCUGUUAGUCACAUGUCUGUGGAACAUGUGUUUAUGUCUCAGUUGUUGAAUCUUAUGUUCAUACAAGUAUUUACACAUGUUAAGUUUGCUGAAAAUAAAAGCAGUUGACAGUGAGAGGACGUUUCUUUUUUUUGAGUUUAUGUGCGUGUAUAGGUUGUAUGUGUGCAAUUGCAGAGUGUGUUGGGGUCAAUUUCAUUUUAAAUUCAGGUGGUCAACUUAAAUUCCAAUUCCAAUGGAUUCCAAUUCCGAGUUUACUUCCUGAAUUGACUGAGUUAAAAUUAAAUUGACCCCUACCCUUGUGUUCAUUGGCGUGUGUGUGUGUGUUAUUCAGAGAGGUCAGGCUCUCUUGGCAUAGCCAGUAACCCAACCCUGGCAGUAGCUCGGUCUCUUCUUGGAAUGUGCAACAAGUUUCAAGUGUCUUAAGUCCCCGAACCCGUUCCUCAAGAGGUCAAUCAAGUAUGUGUUUGUAUAAACAAGCUGCCCCUGGCUCUUUCUGAUGUUCCAAUAAGGACAUGUCGUAAUAAUAAGCGUGACGGGUCAUCAGACUGGGACAACAACACAAAGGCCCAACACACACCUGCUGCUGCUGCACAAUCAUGUUGACUGUUGUGGGAGCAUAGCCACUGACCUACAUUGUGGUGUGAAUUGUGAAGAGAGGUGAUUUGGUAGGAGAGGGAGCGAGAGCGAGAGGGAGAGAGAGGGGGAACAGAUAAGGAUAGAGGGAGGGGAGAGCGAAAGAGUGAGCGAACAGAUCUAGAGGGGGGAGAACAGAAGGGGGUCUCAUGGGACCUAAUCAGGGCAUGUUGCCCUUAGCGCUGCGCAAGUGGCUAAAUGUGUCCUCAAAUGCAGUUAGAGAGAGAGGGCAGGGACUCUUCAUUAUAACAAGAACAUGAAAUCUGGACUUAAACUGAGUGCUGUGGUUUUGUAUGAUGUGGAGAUAGUGCCUCUGGUUUGAUAAGAGCAAAGACUAAGUGGCUUUAGUGAGUUCCUCUAAGUCAUAUUCAGUGUGUUCUGGGUGAGAGGUAAAUUGAGCCCCCAUAACCCUCCGAGGUUGACUGAGGUGUGUCCUGAGAGGUGUACUGAGGAUGUGUGUUUUUUUGUGUGUCCACAGGCCCACAGAAAGGGAGCGCACGGAGAGGUUGAUCAAGACUCGCCUCAGAGAGAUCAUGAUGCAGAAAGACCUGGAGAAUGUCACCUCCAAAGAGGUUGGUUAAAGACGUUGGCACGCACACACGCUCUACUGGUUCUAACAGGUUAUAUACUGGUUCUUACUGGUUGUUACAGGUUCUCUAAUGGGUUCUCUACUGGUUCUUCUUCAGAUUCGCACAGAGCUGGAGAUGCAGAUGGUGUGCAACCUUCGGGAGUUCAAGGAGUUUAUUGACAACGAGAUGAUAGUCAUCCUGGGCCAGAUGGACAGUCCCACAGAGAUCUUUGACCAUGUUUACCUGGUAAGAACAUGGUCAAGGACUGCAUUGCACCCUAUUCCCUAUAUAAUGCACUACCUUUAAGUGGUCUUCCUCUUUUUGUCCCUUUUUCUGCCUGUUUGUCUGUCUGCUGAUAUCCAUAAGAUGAUAUAUCGAGUUUGACUUAAUUCUGUUGUUUUGUGUCCAGGGCUCUGAGUGGAAUGCUUCUAACUUGGAGGAGCUGCAGAACAGCGGGUAAGAGACCAUUCUGAGUUGUCUAUGAUCAUGUCAAAGACUGUUGGUUACUGUGACAGUUUACAGCACAGUUUCAGUACUGAGUAGAAGUUACAACGAGUAACGUUCUCCGUUUCACUCCUUCAGUGUGAGGUACAUCCUCAACGUGACGCGGGAGAUCGACAACUUCUUCCCAGGCAUGUUUGAGUACCACAACAUCCGCGUGUACGACGAGGAGGCCACCAACCUGCUGGAGUACUGGAACGACACCUACAAGUUCAUCACCAAGGCCAAGUAAGCACUCUGAUUUGUUGCACUUUAUUAGGUGUUCUUGAGUGUCUUGAAAGCCCUCUGCCAAAAAAAAAAGUUUUAUUAUUAAUUAGAUUAUAAGAGGAUUCUCAUUAAUUGUAUAAUUUUUUAUUUUUUUAUGUCAUUUUUUGCAUGUCUUUGCAUAUUUGGUUUUAGCAUUGUUCUUUUUAGCAAGUUCUGAAUGGUCUAUAGUGACCAUAACCAUAAGACACUAUAUCAAGAUACAAUACUGUACUGUGCCUUCGGAAAGUAUUCCGACCCCUUCCCUUUUUCCACAUUUUGUUAUGUUACCCCCUUAUUCUAAAAUGGAAAAAAUAAUAAUCCUCAUCGAUCUACACACAAUACCCCAUAAUGACAAAGUGAAAACAGGUUUUUAGAUUUUUCUGCACAUUUAUUACAAAUAGAAAACAGAUACCUUAUUUACAUAAGUAUUCAGAGCCUUUGCUAUGAGACUCGAAAUUGAAGUGCAUCCUGUUGCCAUUGAUCAUCCUUAAGAUGUUUCUAGAACUUGAUUGGAGUCCACCUGUGGUAAAUUCAAUUGAUUGGACAUGAUUUGGAAAGGCACACACCUGUCUAAAUAAGGUCCCACAGUUGACAGUGCAUGUCAGAGCAAAAACCAAGCCAUGAGGUCGAAGGAAUUGUCCAUAGAGCUCCGAGACAGGAUUGGGAGACUAGUCAGGAUCGAGGCAAAGAUGAACGGAUCAAAGUACAGAGAGAUUCUUGAUGAAAACCUGCUCCAGAGCACUCAGGACCUCAGACUGGGGCGAAGGUUCACCUUCCAACAGGACAACGACCCUAAGCACACAGCCAAGACAACGCAGGAGUGGCUUCGGGACAAGUCUCUGAAUGUCCUUGAGUGGCCCAGCCAGAGCCCGGACUUGAACCCGAUCGAACAUCUCUGGAGAGACCUGAAAAUAGCUGUGCAGCGACGCUCCCCAUCCAACCUGACAGAGCCUGAGCGGAUCUGCAGAGAAGAAUGGGAGAAACUCCCCAAAUACAGGUGUGCCAAGCUUGUAGCGCCAUACCCAAGAAGACUCAAUGCUGUAAUCACUGCCAAAGGUGCCUCAACAAAGUACUGAGUAAAGGGUCUGAAUACUUAUGUAAAUGUCAUAUUUCCGUUUUUCUUUUUAAUAAAUUAGCAAAAGUUUCUAAAAACCUGUUUUGCUUUGUCAUUAUGGGAUAUUGUGUGUAGAUUGAUGAGGGGAAAAACAAUAAUCAAUUUUAGAAUAGAGUAAGGCUGCAACGUAACAAAAUGUGGAAAAUGUCAAGGGGUCUGAAUACUUUCCGAAUGCACUGUAUGUCAUAAUCAGUUUGUCCUCUGCAUGCCUGUCUUUGACCUCCUCUGUACUCCAUCUCCUCUAACCCAUGCCCUGUGUUCCCCUAUAAGGAAAGCAGGGGCUAAAUGCCUGGUCCACUGUAAGAUGGGUGUGAGUCGCUCUGCCUCCACGGUGAUAGCCUACGCCAUGAAGGAGUACGGCUGGGACCUAGAGAAGGCCUUCGACUACGUCAAGGAGCGUCGCACCGUCACCAAGCCCAACCCCUCUUUCAUGAAGCAGCUGGAGGAGUACCAGGGUAUCCUGCUGGCCAGGUAGGCACAGGAGAGCACAGACGCUCUCACACAGACACCUGGCUCUGCAUUGACUCUUUCUCAGUGUACAUGAUGGAAUGAAGAAAAAUGACGAUUGUAUUUGUUCCUUUCCUCCUCCUUUCUCUGCAGUAAACAGAGACACAACAAGUUGUGGCGCUCCCACUCGGACAGCGACCUCUCAGAGCGCCAUGAAUCUCUGCUGUGUAAGACGGGCCCUCACAGCCACACCUUGGGCCUCUCGGACCCCCACAACAACAACAAUGGCCCCUCACCCUCCCUGCAACACUUCCUGCUCCAGGCACUUGGCGCUGCCAAUGACCCCGACAACAAGACCUCGGGCUCCCACAUUUCAGACACGCACUCGGAGCCCGUCCGACUCACCCGCUCCCACUCCCACUCCCCUGGCCCAUCAGCCUCCAACGGUCUGUGUGACUCCCGGGAGAACCGCCAGGACCCCUUCCUACCGCCGCGGGCGGCCAAGGUGGUGCCCGAGGAGAGAAUGGACAACUCAGCUCUGGUGGUUGUGGCCGUGACGGUGCCAAUCACCACCGUCCCCCAUCCUCCCCCCUCACUGCAUAUCAUCCUCCCUUCUCCCUUCCCCCAGCCACUGGCCAAAUCCCUCCAUCUGGGUUUGAGCACACAGCUGUCCAGUCUUGUGCCUAAACAGAAAGCCCAGUGUGUAGAGCUGACCCUGGAUCUGCCUGACCUCAGCAGCUCCGAAGUCGUAUCUCAGGCCAUCCUGGAGUCCAGCGAUGACUCGGACACAUUGGGACGCUCCCUGUCAGACCCGCUGAGCGAGAGGGGGGACAGUGUCAGUAUGGCGUCCCCAGGGAUCCCCAUGGCCGUGAGCCCUCUCACCCCAACAACGGCACUGUCUUUAGGACCCUACGCCAACGAUGACAACAACAACCCCAGUGGCGGUGCUAACCCCGUCGACACCACCUGCGUUACCGCAUCCUCCAACCUCAGCACGGACAGCAUCGACUUCUUCAGCGCCCGCGAGAAAUUCCUGGGCCUGUCCCAAGACGGAAGGACUCUGAUCCUUUCCGAGCAGACGGCUCAGCGGACGCCUCAGUCGCGGUGCCCCAUCCAGGAGCUGCAGCCGCUGUCCCCCGAGAACCCUUCUGGAGCACUGCCAGCACUGCCGGGCACCGAGGAAGAGGAACAGGGAAAGGUGAGGCGGCCAUUUUUAUUUUAUUUACACUGAAAUGACUUUGAAUGUUGAACGCCAGCCUCCUGCAGUGCCAUUUAUCUAUGGCCUUCAGAGUGCCACAGCCCUGCUGAGAGUUACUGAGUGAUUUAACAAGAUUACAGUACUCAAUGGAGACAGUCAAUUGAAUGGAUUGUGAUCUAAUUCACUAAUCCAUUAGAUAGGGAGGGAGCAAGCAACACAAUGAUGUCUUUGGGGAUGGUUUGUACAAUACUGCCACCUAUUGGAAGGACCUUUUACAUAUGAUCGGUUUCCAUUGCUAAUAUGUUAAGGAUGUUUAUCAGGGGCCAUAUGUAUCAAGCGUCUCAGACUAGGAGGGCUGAUUUUAGGAUCAGUUCUGCCUUUUAGAUCACAAUGAAUAAGAUUAUUUUGACGGGGGACCUGAUCCUGGAUCAGCAGUCUGAGGCGCUUGAUACAGUACAUACGGACCCAGACCUUUUAGACAGCUGUUGUCUCCAGCAUUAAUACCAAGGUAACUCUGCUUAGAUAUCAUACAAAGCAGACAUUCAAACUAUUCUCUCUGUUCUGUCUCUUAUCUCAGAAUUCCCCCCAUACGGAGGACGGUAGCGACCGAUCCAGCCAUGACAAAGCUUCGCUGCCUCCCCAUCACGACAAUGGUGUGUCAGUCCGUCAUAUCGUCACGGAGAUAGAGUCCAUAUCCCACCCACCGGCUGCGCCGCCCCUGUCCUCCACCCAGCCGGCCUCCCGCAGCCCCCAGCAACUGCUCCCUGAGGACCGGGCCGAGGACACCCCACUGACCUCGCCCUCCUACCCACAAUCCCCCUCCACACCUCCCUCGGAUUGGCCGGCCGGCUCGGUGCGCAGGGCCACCAAACAGCUGGAGCAGAGGCUGAGGCAGGAGCUGGACUUACCGCUCAGCAACACGUCUACCCAGCGCUCCCCUCUCCACUCCCCCAGUGCAGAGUUCCACCCCACGCACUCCCCUCUCCAUACGACAAGCACGGACUGCCCAUCCCUCCUCGCUCCUACCACAGACUGCCCCGAGCAGCAUAGGCCUACCCCUGCUCCUGAGCAAGGAAGAACUCUGAAUGAGGCUUUCACUGUGUCUGCAGAGCCCAACGGAGACCUAGAGUUAACCAGAGAGACAGAGCAGGGAGGGUUUGUCGUCUCAGACAUGGACAUUGCCCCAGCCCCAGACCCUUCCUUCUCUAACUACCCAGACGCCCGCCACACCCCUGAGCCCAUCCCAAUCAUUGUGUGCCCUUCUCUGGAGCCAUCUAGGGCCGAGCCCCAGGCCUCCCCCUCCCCUGCACUGCUGUGGCUGGAGGGGGUGACAGCCCUGGAUUCAGACACGGAUGGCCCCUCCCCUCCCCCGCCCCACCACAGAAGGCUGGCCCUGGCACGCAGCAGUGAGGAGCUGGAGAAGAUCCAGGAGACCUUGAGGGAGCUGCAGGCCUUCCUGUACGAGGCGGGGGGUUUGGGAUUGGGGGCUGGAGAAAGACCUGGUCAGGGGCAGCAUCACAGGAAGACGCCCGUGUGGCAGAGGGCCAUGGAGAUCGAGGCGCGGAUCCGCCAGGCGGGCCUCACGCCCCCUUCCCUGAUGAAGCGCUCAGCCUCGCUGGCCAAGCUGGACUGCUUGGAGCUGUCAGCCAGCGACCUGAGUGACUGGGACAUACGGCCCACCACCGCCAGCCCUCACGGACCCCCAUUGGUGGCCACCCCUCACCCCUGCUCCCCCCAUCACCCCAGCCCAGACGACGUCUCCAAGAAGCAGCGGGUGUUGUGCCGGAGCCCCCCCCCCACCCACAGGGCCCCCCUAGGAGGGGUGUACCCACUGGACCCAGACAGGACUGAUAGGGGCUCCCAGAGUGCAGGGAGUGAUCCACCCUCUCCCUCCUCACCUCCAUUUAUUGUUCUUCAAGGGGAGGAGGAGCUAGAGACAGACCUCUCCCCCUGGCUCACCCGCCGCACCCUGUCCCCGAAGAGCGCUCCCGAUGUCACUAUGACAACAGCGCAGCAGCAGCCCCGCGGGAAGAGUCACCCGCUGCGGCGGCUCCGCAAGGCUGCCGACAAGAAACGGACUGCCCCUGUGCUCUACAACACCAUGUGA